AGAGAGAACUUUCACCACCACCUCCUCAACAAAGAAGAAGUACCGGAAGUUCUCCCAUGAAUAUAAUGGAAAGCACAGUCACCCAACUUCUUAUCACUACCAAAUCAUUGCUGGAAGCUUUGACCGGCUGGUCUAAUGGACGUGCGACUGAGCAACAAGUUUCCGAUAUAUAUGUAAAACUAGCUGUUGAAAUGAACCAUGUUAUUCAAUUAUUUGGACAGGCUGGUGUAGACACGAGUGACAUGGCGAGUAUUCCACAAGAAUUGAAAGUAUGUCUUGAGAAUGCUCUUCGUGAAGAGGCUUCUACUUCUUCUUUGGAGAACCACCUUCCUAAAAUUAGAGAUAUCAUAGUAACUUUGUUACAAGCUUUGAAAACAAAGCAAACUAUAUAUAAUGAUACCCAAAAUAAUUAUGGGAAUAAUAGUCCACAACCGACAUCUCCUAUUAAUGGACCCCAGUCUUGCUUUGUGAAUCAAAACCCAUUGCCUCCUCCUAGUAAUAGACAUGAUAAUUUGCCUUCUUCUGAUACAUCAAAAGGUAAUGACGGUAGUAGUCCCGUAGAUCCUGUAGCUGCUUUAAACCGUGAUAAACUUGAACGUCGUGCUUCAAGAAGAUAUUCUGCUUGGGGAACCGGAAGGAGAAAUAAAAAAAUGAGCUCUGUACAACCGCCGGAGCUUAACAUUCCUGAAGAAGUUGAAACGGUACAAGAAGGAACAGUAUUAAAAACUAAUGGCUCUAUUAUAACAUCACCUAUAGAACCUAUAUCUUCAAACGACAAAAAUGACAAACCUAAUUUAGAUAAACAUGACGCAAAGGAUGAUGUUAAAGAUUCAAGUAAUAAGAAUUUUAUCACUUUAUAUUUGCAACUUGGAAGGGAUGUCAAAAAAAUAAGACAUGAUGGAGAUAUAAACAUGACUGCACUACAAAUGUUAUUUGUUGAGAAAUUCCAAUAUAAUCCUGGGAUGGAUAACUUUCCCAAGAUUUAUAUAAAGGAUCCACAAGUUGGUGUACUUUAUGAAUUGGAAGAUCUGAGUGAAGUUAAAGAUAAAUCUGUUCUAGCUUUAAAUGUUGAGGAUCUAGAGCAAGUAAAAAAGCAUAUAGAUGAAAGUAUCUCCGGGUUAACAAAAGAGAUACAAGAAAUCAAAAAAUCCUGUGCUGAAAAUGCAGAAUUAUUACGUCGUGGAAAUAUUACCACUACUAUGGCUCCUCCCACGCCAAAUUUAAUAACCAACAAACCUUCACAACAACAGUCCAUAUCAUCAACAGAAAAGGUCGACUCAAUACCUAAAAAGGACGAAAA